CAAACAUCCGGGUUUCUCCUUUUUGCAUUCCUGCCGGUAGUACCUCGCCCCUCUCUCCCUGGACGUUUCUUUCACCUGGGCUCAGGUCUCACACUGUUCCCUCGAGCACGAGCUUCAGCGACGGAAAGCCUCGAGGGACAUGGCGACUACGGCGACGCCGGCCAGCGGCGUCCGAAGUGGAGCUGGCCCGGAAUGGGGAGGCUUCGAAGAAAACAUCCAGGGUGGGGGCUCGGCUGUGAUUGAUAUGGAGAACAUGGAUGAUACCUCAGGCUCCAGCUUCGAGGAUAUGGGUGAGUUACAUCAGCGCCUGCGUGAGGAAGAAGUGGACGCUGAUGCAGCUGCUGCAGAAGAGGAGGAUGGAGAGUUCCUUGGCAUGAAAGGCUUUAAGGGUCAGCUGAGCCGGCAAGUGGCUGACCAGAUGUGGCAGGCAGGGAAGAGACAAGCUUCCAGAGCCUUCAGUCUGUAUGCCAACAUCGACAUCCUGAGACCAUACUUUGAUGUGGAGCCUGCCCAGGUCCGAAGCAGGCUCCUGGAGUCCAUGAUCCCUAUCAAGAUGGUCAACUUCCCCCAGAAAGUCGCCGGUGAGCUCUAUGGACCCCUCAUGCUGGUCUUCACAUUGGUCGCCAUCCUCCUCCAUGGGAUGAAGACUUCUGACACCAUUAUCCGGGAGGGCACCCUGAUGGGCACAGCCAUUGGCACCUGCUUCGGAUACUGGCUGGGUGUCUCGUCCUUCAUUUAUUUCCUUGCCUACCUGUGCAAUGCCCAGAUCACGAUGCUCCAGAUGCUCGCACUGCUGGGCUAUGGCCUGUUCGGGCACUGUAUUGUCCUGUUCAUCACCUAUAACAUUCACCUUCAUUCCCUCUUCUACCUCUUCUGGCUGCUGGUGGGUGGGCUCUCCACCCUGCGCAUGGUGGCAGUGUUGGUGUCACGGACUGUAGGCCCCACCCAGCGGCUGCUCCUCUGUGGCACACUGGCAGCGCUGCACAUGCUCUUUCUGCUCUAUCUGCAUUUUGCCUACCACAAGGUGGUAGAGGGGAUCCUGGACACCCUGGAGGGCCCCAAUAUCCCACCCAUGCAGAGGGUCCCAAGAGACAUCCCUGCGGUGCUCCCUGCUGUCAGGCUUCCUGUUACUGUGGUUAAUGCCACCGCCAAGGCAAUAGCAGUGGCCGUGCAGUCACACUGACCCUACCUGAAAGCCUUGGCCAGCCCUGACCCCCAGCUCUGGAGAGAGGAAGAUUGAAGGACAGUACUGAGGACGUGUAUCUCUUUGAUGAGGUCUGCAGCAGACACUGAGCUGUUGCUCCUAAACACCUCCUUGGCAUGGGGCUUGGCUUCUCAAAGGCACGAGGCCAGAAACUCCUGGCCAGGACUGCAAGCCUCUGCAGCCAAGUGCAGAAUAUGGGUCAGCUCUUCUGAGGCCCUCACCACCUACCCCUCUUUUCUCUCCCUUUCCCUCCUGUCUUGCUAAAUAUAGACUUGGUAAUUAAAAUAUUGAUUGAAGUCUGGAA